AUGGCCAAGGUGGGAGCGCACCUUCCGAGUUUGGAAUUUGAGCAGGUGACUCGCAGCUUUCAUCCCCAACAGCCAUCAAUCAUUCAAUCUUCGCCUUCAGCUAAUCGUGCAGAUAUGGGACUCGUCAAAUCUCUAAAGUCAGACCCUCUCGGUGUCCUGGAUACUCGACUGGAGAUGACAGACCCUCCUACAGAUGGCUUCUUUUCGCCUUUCGUGCCAUCGCCAUUCACCGGAUUUGAUCGAACCAACGAAAAACGACCAGGCAGCCAGGCAGAAAAUAGCUUCUUUUCAUCAUUUUUUGCGCCAUCGCCAUUCAUCGCAUUUGAUCAAACUGAGAGAAUACAGCCAGACGGCCAGAUGAAGGUAAAAGCAAGCGCAAAGCAAGCUCACCGUGGCUUCGAUUCCAGCCACCAAUGUCCUCGAUCUGAGUUGGAUGUUGGAGUGGAUAAGUACCACACUCUUGAUGGUCUCACCGAGCCUUUGAAUCCCCAAAAUACACCAGCAUCAAAUAGUGAACGAGAGAGCAUGGAGAUGGAGGACUUCGAUUUCGAUUGCUUCCAAGUUUCGCCAGAUGCAAGCUUGGUUCUUCAAGACGAUGGAAGCGAAUCUCCCAAGUCCUCAAAGUUGCGACACCUUUAUGUUGGCCGUCGACAGUGGAUCAAGUCUCCUGCUGCUGCUCUGGCAAAUCAUCACCCAGGCGUAAAUGCCAGUAACUUCGAGGAAUGUGACAUGUCAGGUUCACCGCAGCGAAAUGUUCGAUUCUCUCAUCCUGCGGACUCGCUAUCUUCAUCUUCUUUGGCGACACAUCGCCCAUUACCUUCCAUUGAAAGAAGGGAAGAUUAUAUUGCUUUGCAUCGACAGAAGAAACAAUACCGGAAAUGGAAGCUCACUCGUCACGUCGACUCUCAAAAAUGUUCACCAUACAACAUCGACACAAAACCAAGACAGUCUCUGGCAGCCCGUAUUCCAAAGAACCAUGAUAUGCGUGUAUCCUCCCUUUCCAGCUUACCAUAUUGUGGUGGAACACGUCGAACAUCGUUCUUCAGUCAUGUUGGCUCAGGUGAUGGUGCCCGGGAAGUGAGAGCUGGCAAGGAAGCCAGCAAUGUGGGCGACACUCCUGUUGCAGAUGCGUCAAAAAUUGCGGGUAAAACCAAGCAGCACGCUCCCGCAUUUGUUGCUGUUUCAAUUUCGCUUUACAGAACCCGAUCUGCGCUGAGUUCAUCCACUAAGAAAUCACGGAGGUACUCUUUCAAAUAUCAGAUCACUCCAACUGAUCUCCCUCAACAACCUUCUCCGCAUCUCCCUAUCGAAGUCGAACGCACCGCUUGCCACCCGGUCAUUGAUGACUUGCUGCUUCACACAUGCUUUAUUUGUCCUGCGCCGGCUGUGAUGCUACUUUUUCGUGUUGUUUGCGCUGCAACAUAUCCAUUGACCAACACCCGAGCCGGCGCUGUAAUGCUCUACCUUGCCAGACUUUCCCUUUAUCUACUGAUGAAAAUUGUCUUUUUUGUGCUGUCCAAAUGCGGAAUGCCCUGCCGCUGUCAGUGGACUUCGGACACUGGCUAUUCGAAUUGA